GAGAUCAAUGUCAAAUUAGUUAUCGACAGUUUGUCAAGAAGAAUUGUUAUACUCCUCCGAAAAAAAAUCGAAAGCAAAUUUCAAAAAUGAAUUUCAUUCUCAGUCUAAGUCUAGUUUGUGUGGCUCUUAUGACUGUCACAGUCAGUGCCAAAAAUGUCCCAACAUCAGUUUCUGGAAAGGAAAUUAACGAAGUCAGAAUAAUCGAUGAUAUUCGCAAUUAUGCCAGAAGUCAUCCAGGAACAAAGAUCAUUCCCAUGAUUAAGGAACAAAGUAAAGCCCGCACUCAAUCAGUGCGAUACACUUUGGGAGGACGUGUUUCUGGUGACAGUCUAGUUGCUCAAGGAACUGAUACUUACUCUUAUGCCGAACCAAAUGACGUCAGUCUCCAAUUGAGCUAUCCCGAAGAAGGCACUGGAGCUGUUGUUACACAUGUUGAAAUCGUUGCUAUUCAAAAUAACAAUCUCGGAAAUGCUUACGUGGUAUCAGGAGGAAUCGGUCAACGAAGCAUCUCAAUCGUUAUCGAAGCUCAGGAAACUGAUUACUUCUCCUACAAAGCUUUAUACUAUGGAGCGUAAAAUUAUUGUGAUAAAUUAAAUGAACUCGAUUAAAGUGAAUACAAAAUGGUUAGACAAUUUUAAA